AUGAGCCCACACGGCCUCCGCGGCGCCGAUGCGCGAUUUAGGCCUUUCCUGUCCAGCAGCCUCAAUGAGUACCUAAAACGCUAUUGGGCGAUCGUCUUCACGGUUGGUUCUCAAGCCAUCGACACGGGCCACAUGCGCCACUACGUAUCCUGGUAUGCGACCCGUCUCAAGGUCGUGGAGCUCGACCACCACAUCCACGCCACGUCGUUGCGCGAGCAGCUCAUCAUUAAAGCCGGCACACCGGCUCUCCCGCUUCUCUUCGUGAAUGAAAAGCUUGUCGGCACCAUCGCCGAUGUGCGCAGCUACGAGGAGCGCCGUCUGCUCAAAGACAUUGUGCAGUUUGGUUUCCAGUGGAAGACCGGUGCCGCACUGGACGGUGCUCCGCAGCCACUGAACACCCUUCCUUCCCCCUACAGCGACACGGAGCUCUUCCGGGGGCGAUAUCGUGGCGCCCCAGUAGCGCGGCCAGUCGUGCAGCUGCCUCAGCUGCACCCGCAUCGGCGUCAGAAGGACUGA